AGGAAAGGCGACGUAAGGAAUUUGAAUCUUGAUAAUAAAAGGGAUUUGAAAAUGGCAAGCAUACGCUGGUCUAAUGCUCCAAAGAUACCACUCUCAGAGGAGCAUCAGCCAUUUACUGCAAGAACAAUGAAAAAACUGAAUGCUGAGGUCAUCUAUGAAACAGACAGUCCAAGAACUCAUAACCUGAAGUCACUGAGAGCAAAACGUUUGGCUUACUUCUCCCAGGAAAAAAAAUGCUCUGAUUCAUCAAAAAACAAGGCAACACUUACUUCUGUAAAAGCAAUUUCUGAUGAAAGCUCCAGCCAUCAAGAGAAAAGUUCCACUCAUGUUGUCUCAGUUAUGCCUGUGGUUUUGGAUCAGGCAGUUAAAGAAAACACCUCUUCUGUGUCCAACAUCACUACAACAACCACCAAUUUGCCACCUUCUGCCACACUAAAUAAUAGUGUGGAGCUCAACUAUGAAGUUCUUGACGACAGAUCUGUUCCAGAAUAUGAAAAGCUAAAGCAUGUUUUAGAGUGGGCUCAACAUUUCAUUAAGGAUCCAGAGUCAAGAGAAAAUGAAGCAACUUUCCAAAAGAGUAGCUUGUGUGAAGUAAAAGAUUCAGAUACUGUUUUUAGAAAAUAUGACCCACAUGAUGUUCUUACAGAUGGGGUAAAGACCCCAACAGCAUUUGUGAUAAAGAACUGCCUUAAUAGCCCCAGAUUGCAUUCUCAGAAAAAUUACAAUGUGCUAAUUACUGAUUCACAUCCAGACACUUUUAAAAGUGAUAAUAAGGGCAACAAGAAACCCGCAUAUUCAUGCACAGAAAGUGAGACAUUGCAUGAUUUUAUUAAUGAUGAGUAUGACUGCAUUUCUAAAGGUGCUUAUUCUAUGUCUUCAAAAAAUGAAGUGUUUGCUGGCAGUCACAAUUUCCUAGAUUGUCAGCAGUAUUCAGCUAAUCCAAGGUGCACAGAUGAAAUGUCUCAUACUGAAUUGUUCAAAAGUACAGAAAAUGGAAAGUUAAAGAACAACCAUUCUAGUAAUAUAUUUUCUGUUAUAGAAGACAGAGAUAAACGUGACAUACAUGCCACACAUGCUCCCAAAGGCACAUAUUUUUGGCAUCCACUUGAUGAAGAGUCAGAUGAAGAAUAUCAGUCUCAGUUUAGUAAAUGUAAAACAACUCCCUAUUCAUCAUAUAACAGGGACAGUACUGAAUUUUCUGAGAAAUUUUAUGGAAGAGGAGAAACAGUACACACCAAAAGUAUGGAGAAUUGGUUAAGAUCAGCAGAUGGACCACAGCAGCAGAUCUCUUACUUGACGGAUAAUAGCUCAAGACUGAAAAAUCGCUGUUACGCAUGGGAAAUCAAAGAAAACAAGACCAGCACAUCUGACAUGUAUUUCUCAGAUGGCCUUAAUGACAGAAGGUCCUGUGAGGUGGCUCAAAGUGGUGGUGGUGAAUAUAUUUUCAACACUACACUUGAAAGAAAGUUAAACACAAUUCCUGGUAUAAAUAGUUCAACUUUAGAAAAUGAAGAAAAACUGGAAGCAGACCUACCAGAAACAAACACUGUGAGAACAUUCACAUUAAGCAGCAAAUCACAAGAAAAUGAGAGAGAACACGUUUUCCAAAGAACACCUGUGACUGACUUGUUCAUUGGCCAAAUUCAAGAUUUUAAAAUUAGAGGAGAGCAGGAAGAGAUUUUUCAGAGCUCACAGCAUCAACAUACUAAUAAAAAUGAUAAAUUUGACGCAUAUGGAUUUUGUAACGAAUGCUUCAGUUCAAAUAAUCUUUAUUCUAAGUGGUGUAUUACUUGUGGAUCUGAACUGGUAGGUACUACACCUCAGAUUCUUCAAAGGAACGACAGAGCGGCAACACAUUUUAAAUUGGCUGACAUGAAUGAAAGUGUAAAAUCCCAAAUAUCAAUUCCCAGUCAGAUAAAGACUGAUUCAAUUGAAUUAAACACAUCUCAGGAUGUGGCACCCAAUAGCAACUGCAAUUCAGACCAAGAUUCAGUUGUAAGUGUUUAUGACAAAUAUCUUCUAUAUACUAAACACCUUGACUUGAUGAGACACCAGAGAGAUGUUGGUAAAUUUGGAUCAUCUUACAAACAACUGCACGAAGAUGAGAAAAGAUUUGGUGAAGAUGAUGACUUCAUGAAAUUCUGGGAUCCACAUGCAGAGAAAAAGACAGGAAGCAUAGAACUUUGUGAUUCUGUGAAAGCCAAAAAAUUUCAGAAUCACAAUGAUGUAGACUUUGAUUCAGAUACUGAGCUCCAUAUGUCCAAAGAAAGGUCACAACUUUCUUCUCCUGACCCAAGUGUGGUAUGGAAAGAACCAAGUGUUCCUCCUGCUAACCAAGCAUCUGUGUCGCACAUUUCAAAACCUCAGAAGAAAGUGCAUAGGUCAACUUUGCAUACUUUCAGGAAAGGCAAUGAAACUGAAAUGGUUACAGAAAGCAUGCAGACUAGGAGUACUUAUCAAGAUUUGAAGCCUAAAAAAAGUAAAAACAUUCAGACCAGUUUGAUUGGCCGUAAAAGACACUGGGAGAAGUCAAGUACAGCAUGGUCAUCAUAUGUUCAUGGAGAAUUAAAGCAAAGGUCUAACCAUCUAAACAGACCAUUGUCCGCUCAACACUGUAGACGCACAACAAAUGAACACAUUCCUCAACAGAGGCCUUUUUCAAAAGAUAGCACGGAAUUCAACAGUUUCACUAGACAAGCAAUCAAAAGACCUUCAAGUGCUGGCUCAAAGGAAUCAUCACGUAAAGAAUCUGCUAACAGUAAACUGUAUAUGAAAAGCUGUGAUACUAUAUGGAGUAAUACAGGACAUCUCUGCACAAACUCAUCAAAGGAUGAAAAACAAUUACCAGAUUUGAAACAAGAUAAUCAAGAAGAUUUGUGGCUUUGCCUCCCUGACGAGCUUUGGAUUCAUGUAUUUUCUCUUCUGUCUCAUAAAGACCUUUGUCAGUCAGCACAAGUUUGUCAUCGCUUCCAACGUCUUGUAGAUGACAGAAUGCUCUGGGAAGUCAUUCACAUUGAAAACUCUGCCUCUUUAAAUGACAGAUUGUUGGCCAACAUAGGCAGACAUUGUCCUCGCAUCCUGUCACUGUACAGAUGUCAUAAUGAAAUGCAAACAAUUACUGAUAGAGGGCUUGAUGAGCUAUUCAAACAAUGUACAGACUCCCUUAAGGAGCUGAAUAUUACCAGCUGCAGUGGACCUGGGUUCAAUGGAGACUCCAUUCUCGUACAUGCCAGCAUGUACUGCCCUCAUAUCACAUCAGUGGACAUCAGCUGGACUGGAGCCACAGACAAAGGCAUUAUGGCAAUUAUACAAAGCUGCAAAUGUUUAGAGAAUCUGUCUGUUAAUGGGUGCCAGAUGAGAGAUGAGACCCUCAGCACCCUUGUUAAGAAACAUGGAGCAAGUCUUCACAAGCUUGAAAUAUUUGGAUGUCACACCCUGAGUGAAAGGUCUUUGUGUUUCAUGGCCAAUGAAUGUUCCAACUUGAAAACCUUAAAUAUAGGUAGAAUCCCAAAGCUUACAGAAAUGGGUCUGACAAAGAUGAUGGGCUGCUUUAAAAAUCUAACAUCACUUAAUGUGACAGGUCUUAAUGUGAUUAAAGAUUGUGUUGUGCACCACAUUGCAAAACAAUGCCAUAAACUGGAAAAUUUAACUCUUAGUUCCUGUCCUUAUGUAACAGAUGUCAGCCUUGUUGAAAUUGGCACAUAUUUAUCAUCAAUAAGGCACCUUGAUGUAAGUGGCUGUAAAAAAGUAACUGAUACCGGAGUUCAAGCUCUAGCAAAGGGAUGUCAUCAGCUUCGAUAUCUGGAUCUAAGCUCUACAGGAACAGGAAAACAAGGAAUUUGCUUACUGGCUAGUUACUGCAGUAGAAAUUUGGAAUGUGUAAAAGUGAGUUUCUGUAAAGACGUAACAGAAGAUGCCAUUAACAAAUUGUGUAAAAACUGUAACAGGUUAAAACUGAUACAUCUUUAUGGCUGCAGAAGUAUUCAGAAUAUAAACAACAUCCAGCAAGCUAACAGAAAUGUGGAAGUGCAUUCGGAUCUCUCAGUAAACACAUCCCAAGUGAUCCUAAAAUAAACUUGCAAAUACAGU